UUCACAGCAAAUUCUUCCUGUACUGUUGAGUCUUCAACGAAGCGAAUGGCUCACUGUGGCAUGGAUGAUUGAGUGUCUUUUUCCUCGAUGGCGGGUAUCAUUUUCUCUUAAGCCUUACUGGUUCGUGAAAUGCCUCCAGCGUGCCGAAAUUUGACGUGCUCUAAGCAGAUCCUUUGACAUGGAGAAAGUUCAAGUUGAAGUCAAGAUUGAACUCGGACACAAAGCUUCUUGUAAGAAAAACCCCAGUCCUGAGGGAUUCACACACGACUGGCAAGUAUUUGUACGAGGACCAGGGAGUGACGAUAUUUCCCAAUUCGUAGAGAAGGUUGUGUUUCACUUGCAUGAGAGUUUCUUCAAGCCAAAGCGAGUUUUGAAAAAUCCUCCAUAUGUUAUUUCGGAACAAGGUUAUGGUGGCUUUUACCUUCCCAUUGAAGUCUACUUUAAAAACAAGAUAGAACCAAGGAAACUACGGUUUGACUAUGAUCUCAUCCUUCCUGCCCUUGGCUCCUUGCCAAUUGAUAACAUUCGAAGUGAGGCACUAACUUUCACAAACCCCACUGAUGAAUUUAGAAGAAAGCUGGUGAAAGGUGGAGGGAUUGUUAAGAAGACAACCACAACAAAUGGAUUUCAUAGUUCAUCGUCUCUAGUGAAUGGGACAACAUCUGAACAGAGCAUAGGGACCAAAGACACCCAAGUGACAAGCAGCCUUGUGGCUGAUGUUCGUAUUAAUCCUCAAGUUUCAUCACUAGUGCAAGAUCCUGAAAAGAACAAAAAAAUUAAACAUGAAGGUACAGUAGCCAACAAGACUGUCAAAACACAAGAGGCUGUAACACCAGGACUUAAAAGAUCAGCCAGCACAUCAGGAGCUGAGGAAACUCAAGUACAGCUGGUUAAAAAGAAGAAAAAGAAACUUGAUGAAGGCAUUACAAAGCCAAGCAAAGGAGUGGGGUUUAUCCCCUUAGAACUGCCAGGUGUUAGUAAUGAAAGCAAAGACAGGUUGGAAGAAAUGAAAGAUAUCAAGUUAAAAAUAAAAUCGUUGUCUUCCAAAAGUCCUGCUACAGACAAAAAGAAGAAUCGGCGAGCAUCAUCAGAAGCUGGAUUAGGUGAUGGAGUACCCAGCAGUUCUAAGCGAAGGGAGUCUACAUCUAAGAAAGCAAAAAAGAAAUCCCCAAAGGAAGAUUUGAAACCUUCUAAACCAGAGGAAAAGAAAAUUGAGAAGAUCACUUUUCGGCGACGUGGCUCUGGAGAUAGCUGGUCAAGUAGCACUUCAAGUUCAAGUCUAUUGGGAAAUUCAGGAGGAAAUACAAAUGUUGCACUUGAUAAACUUAUGGCAGACCUAAGUGAUGAGGAUGAUGAUGAUGAUAGUCACAUUUGUGACAUUUCUACCCCAUUUCAAUCUAAAACAGUAAACGUAGGAACAACACAGAAGUCUGUUUCAGAGAUCAGUGGUUCUCCCAACUGUACAUCACAACACAAAGACACUGGCAAUAAGCUUACAACAAAAGGCAGCUCUUCAGUGAAAAAAUUAGAAGGGAAGAAGAAUGAAUUGAAAAGUCCUACUGACAAGAAUGUCUCAACAAAGCAAAGCCCAAAACAACGGCUAAAAGAUCUGAAGAAAGGCAAAAAUGGACAGCGAACUCCUUCAUCUGAUUUACUUCAACUUUACAAGCGUCUUGUAGCAUUGAAAGACUCUAGCCUUCUUCAGAAAAUAGUGGACAUUUUAGAAAAAACAGGCCAUUUUGAACUCACAGAAACAACACUGGACUUUGACCUGUGCAGUUUGGACAAAACAACCAUCAAAAAGAUUGAAAAUUCUAUCAGUAGAUAGCAUCACCAGAAGAAGCCUGGAGAUUCCAAACAUUGCAUAAGAAGGAUUUUGGGGAAAGCCAUCCAGAUCUCUUUUAUCAGUGGCGAUAAAGCAGAUAUGCCCUUGAGAAGCAAUUCCUUUUCUUAAUUCUACAGAUCAUUCUGUUAUACCAUGGGCAAGUUUUUAUUUUUUUUUAAGGCACGACUUUGCUGAUGCAUCAAAUGAAUGUAGUAUUCAAAAUGGAAAUAGGACAUUUUACAUCACUGUGUCAGUUAAAUUAUACAAUUUGUAGUUCAUGAGCAGAGCAACUAGUUUCUUAAUAAAACCAGGCCUGAAGAAAGUGAAGAAAAAAAAAAUUGGCUGGUCUAUUUUCACAGCUGGAAAUACUCAGGGAUGAAAGAAAGGGUAUCAUAUGGUAUUUUCUAAGGAAUGAUUGUUUUGUUUUUCCAGCAGGAAUAAGACUAAGGCUUUCAUCGAUAAGCAUGCAUCUUGAUGCAGAUUCUGACUUUUUUAUUGGUAAAUGAAUUCAUACAUCUUUGUAGGUGUCGUCUAAAGUGAGAAGUGGUCGUAACAAUUACUAAAAUAUGUAUGAUGUAUAUAAUGCUAUUUACUGGUUGGGGAGUCGAUUUGGGGAAAAGAGUGUGUUUGAAGUCUGUAGCUCUUAAGACCAAGGGCACACUGGCAUAGACUGGUAAAAAACAUUCAUUUUUGGGUUGUCUUUUUUGGCUUUGCCACAGAUGUGUGGAGAAGUUGUCUGUAUUGAAGAAAGCUGGACUGGUUAUGAGGGUGCAAUUAACCAAUCAGAUUCAAAGGGUUCAAGAUUCCAGCUUGCUGAGAUGCUGUAGGAAAAAAAAUUCAUUAUUGUGCACUCAGUUUUAGGAGCGCAAAUGAAUCUUUUUCCAUUUUAUGUGAUAAAAUAGGCCCAAAAAAUGCUGUCAAAUUUUCCACCAGAAAACCUUACCAGCUUGUUUCCUUAGUUGUAAAAUCAAAUGUGAACAAAAGCUUUCAUUGUACUACAUUUUUAUGGGAAUACUGUUUCUUGAAUAUUGCAUGCUACCUUUUGAGUAUAUGAAGUAUCUGUGUGAAAAAUGUUAUACUGUGGGUCUUAAAAAUAUGUUCAGAAUCAAGCAACUCAAUUUAUUUUAAAAUACCAAAUGAACUCUAUUUUGAUUUAUGGAGGAAAAGAGAAAUCACUCUAGUUUGGUUAUAUAGCAUCUAUAGAACAUCUGUUAAAUGAUUUUUUGUGUUCUGACAUUCAUGAUUAGAAACUACUUAAAGUUAUGGAACCGAAGGUGAUAAUUUUUUUUCUGUAUUGUCUCACACAGGAAUAAUAUUCAGUGGGUAAGAUGAAUGAUAUCAGUUUAUUUCUAUGAUUAAGAGAUAGUAAUGGGUGGCAGUCCACAUUGUUACAUGCAAAAAGAUCUUCAUUUUAAGCAGCUACAUAAAAUAUGAAGAGACUAUCAGACCACAACUAUCAUUGCAACACUAUCACUUUUAUUUAUUUGUUAUUAUUUAAGUAAUAUAAUCCUUUAACAUUUGUGGAUUUUGUCAUCUCUAAGUGCCAAAACAAGUGUAUUUAUCAUGAAUCUGAUUGUACUCCUACAAAAGUAUGUGUUAGAUUUGAUUGGUUGUUUAGGCAGAAAGUCAUAACUUCAGAAUAUAGAAUUUGAUCAUUAGUUUUACAUUCAGUAAUAUUGCUAAGAUAGUCUGAUACUGUAACAGAAUCUACUGCCUUUCAGCUUGAAUUUAACACAAUUAUUAUUGCCAAUCAUUUAACUACCAAAAAGUUUAUCUAGAUCUGAAAUGGAUUUAAAGUGAGACAAUGGAGUUGGGGCUAAAACAGAGAAUAUCGGCUCAUCCUUGGUGUACAAACCUGUGAAGCUCACGAGUGACGUAAAACGAAGACUACAAAACAUUGUAAACAAUAGCGUACAGCGAAACAAUACCUCAUGAAACAAAGAAAACCUUGUCAGGGUUUUACACCGAGGAUGACCCAUGAUAUCAGCUCCUCACAGAGUCGGCCAGCUUUAAGUAUUGAAAUAUAUCACUUACUAUUUUAAGGCUAGUUUGUUUCUCAUUCUGUUAAAUUUUGUAUUGAUUUCGUUAAUUAAAACCAAAGAAUGUAGAGUAUCAUUUAUUCAUAAUAACAUUCAUUUAUUUUAAAUUUAAAGUUUAUCAUAGAAUGUGCAUAUCAUGGGGAUCACUUAUGUUGUGAACAAUGACUAACAGAGUCCAAAUGCUAAUUGUAGUAACAUUAUAUAUUAUUUAUUUUAAUUACAAUUUAGCAGUGAAUAAGGAAUGGAGAAACCACUGGCCACAGCAAAAUGUUGUUUUGCCUUCUGUUAAUGUUGGUCUUGCCCGACAUAUCUGUUUUAGUAACUUAAUUUUCUUCAACUUUUUGCUCUACUGUACCUAAAAUUUAUUCUAUAUUAUGCCAAACAGUAUAAAUAAUGGUUCUAGAACCAAGGGGAGCAUAUUUCAGUCUAAUCAUACAGGUGACUAACAGAAUUGGGAGAUCAUAAAGUUCGAGUGCCAUUUGUUUUUCACCUGUACGAUUAGGGACAGAGUUAUGACAUGAAAUGUCAUCUCUACCAUUGAAAACUAUGACAAAAUUUGAGGAAACACCCGAAGGCAUUGUUGAUACAUACCCACAACAAAAAAACACAGCUGUCACUUCUCUUUCAUUUUCAAGGUAUGCUUAUUGUCCAAACAGAUGAGCUUGGUUCCAAAGCUUUCCUAUCCCACUGUUCAAUUACUCUCAGAUUGUGCACAAUGUUCCAUUUGUGCUCAUGUCUUGCCGCUGACAACCAUUCACAUUCAUAAGUUUUGUUUUAGUUUUCAUUUACCUAGUAAACACUGGGAGGAUUCAGAAUGUCCAAUUUUCGAAUCUGACUCUGUGACCUCUUCUCUUUUUCACCAAUGCUGUUGUUGAUUCUUGUAGAAUUCUGUAUUUGUACUCAUAACUUAUUUUUUAUACUAAUAUUUCAUAUGACUCAAAAAGCUUUGUGCACUUUUCCUUUGGUGUCAUAAAAUUAUUGUAAAUAAAAAACCUAACUUAUUGUC